GGAGGAACCUGUUCCUAAACUAUAUAUUCCUAUAUAUCAUAGGCGAUGAGCUAUCUAGAGUGUAUCAGUGUGUAGAGAUCAGAUGUCCAAAGGAUCGGUGCAGACUGAUAUUUCAGUUUCGACGCGAAUCCUUUUACCCCUGUUCCUCUUAUCUCUACAAGCGCGUAUUCCGCAAUACUCCUCUACGACCCAACCUCUAGGUAAACAAUAGAGCUCCAUACAGAAAGCUUAUUUGUGUAAACGAACAGUUAGUUUCACCGGUAAUCAAUGUUUCCCACGCUGAUCCCACUCAAGUGCCCCGGGUCGAACCUGUAACCUUUGUAUGCGUGUAUCCCGACAGCAUGCUUCACCAUUUAUUACGCGCGAGGAGUUAACGAGUAAUCCAAGAGUUAAUCUUCUCCCACGGUGCUAAAAAAAAUAAAUCAACAAAGAAAGCGUGAUAAAAAGUGGAGGAGGAUCAUCGGUGGCGUGAAGACUACGGACUGAGAGGUCGGUUGGAGAAAAGGAGGGGAAAAAAGCACUGCUUUCUCGCGGUAUGGACUUGUUGAAGUUUGCCAAGAAACUCUGGUGCGUCCGUAAGCAGCUGGUUCUCCUCAUCACACCAGGCUUACUGCUUCCGCUGCUCUUCCUUCUGCCAGAAAAGGAGGGUAAAUGUCUAUAUGUGGUGCUCUUGAUGGCAGUAUACUGGUGUACAGAAGCUCUCCCACUUGCUGUAACUGCCCUGCUACCAAUCUGCCUCUUCCCCACCAUGGGUAUUCUACCCUCCAAGAAGGUUUGUCCUCAAUACUUCCUAGAGACAAACUUCCUCUUCCUGAGCGGCCUAGUAAUGGCAACUGCAAUCGAGGAGUGUGGCUUGCACAGACGUAUCGCCCUCAGAGUGCUCAAGAUUGUUGGAGUGAAACCAGCCUGGUUGAUUUUGGGGAUGAUGAUCACGUCCUCUUCCCUGUCCAUGUGGUUAAGUAACUCUGCUACAACUGCCAUGAUGCUGCCCAUUGCUAAUGCCAUUCUGGAAAGCCUGUUUGGAGACCUGGAAUCACUUAAGGAGAGGUGCAAAAUCACAGAUGACCCUGAGGCCCAGUCUGAGGUGAAGCUGCAUGUACUGCUACCUGAAAAACACACUCUGACUGCAGUUGACAGCGCUGACGGAAUAGAGAAGAUAGAGCAGAAGAGUCAGGACGAGGCCAGGAAAGAGGCAGAAUACCAGUUGAAAGUGUGGAAAGGAUUUCUCAUCUGUAUCCCCUAUGCAGCCAGCAUUGGGGGAACGGCCACUCUCACUGGAACCGCACCCAACCUCAUUUUCAUCGGACAGCUGAAGAGUUAUUUCCCAGAGUGUGACUUGAUCAACUUUGGCUCGUGGUUCAUCUUCGCUUUCCCACUAAUGUUCAUCUUCCUUCUCGUCUCAUGGAUCUGGAUUGCCUUCUUGUAUGGAGGAAUUACCACAAGAUUGUGUAUAAACAAACGCAAUGACCGUGCAGCUGCUGAAGCCAAGGCCAAUGCGGUCAUUGAUGAAGACUACAAAAAGCUGGGACCUAUGACUUUUGCAGAGAAAUCCAUCUCCUUCUUCUUCAUCCUAUUUGCUAUCCUCCUGUUCACCAGAGACCCGAAAUUUGUCAGAGGCUGGUCCGUAUUCUUCAGUAAAGACUAUGUGUCGGAUGCUGUUACCGGAGUCAUCAUCAUCUCCAUCCUUUUCUUUUUCCCUUCCAAGUGUCCAUCGCUGCGUUGGUGGCUGAACACUAGAGCCUCAAACACUCCUUAUGUGCCUCUGUUGUCUUGGAAAAGAGUUCAAGAAUGUGUACCAUGGAACAUUAUCCUUCUGCUGGGUGGAGGCUUUGCAAUGGCUAAAGGCUGUGAGGAAUCUGGUCUGGCUGUGUGGAUCGGAAGACAUUUGCAGCCGUUAGUUAAGGUUCCUCCUCCGGUAGCUGUGAUGCUCAUCACUGCCUUCAUUGCUUGCUUCACGGAGUUCGCCAGUAACACCGCCACCAUCAUCAUCUUCCUUCCGGUCAUUGCUGAACUGGCCAUCCAUGUGAAGGUGAACCCUCUGUACUUUAUGAUUCCAGCAACUGUAGGUUGCUCUUAUGCCUUCAUGCUUCCUGUUUCUACUCCACCCAAUUCCAUCGCAUUUGCCUCUGGACACCUCAUGGUCAAAGACAUGGCAAAAACAGGAGUUAUGAUGAACAUUCUGGGGAUUAUGUGUGUAUCCCUGGCUAUGAACACAUGGGGGCUGCAAAUGUUCAACUUAGACACCUACCCGGACUGGGCCAAACCACUAAACUCAACAGAAUUUACAGUACCAGCACUUAACAUUACUGGAUAGACACAUACACACACCAAUCACUCAUAAACACACAACAAACACUCAUAUACCCACAAAGUGGGGCAAAUUUAUAGCUGCCAAAAUGGGUUCUGUAAUAUACCCUAUAUAUGUAUGUAUAUAUAUAUAUAUUUAUAUAUACAUUAUAUGCAAUAUAUAUAUAUAUAUAUAUAUAUAUACAAUAUUUAAAUAUCUGAGGUGAGAUGAGAUGUUGGAAAAGUGUUCAUUGUUUUCAUGUCCAGAGUGUAGAAGAGCUCUUUCUUGUUGUUUCCUAUCUAUGUUACUGCCAUAGCAACAACUAUCACUAUUAACGAAGAAGGUCAAAAUGAAGGCAUAACUGCAAAUGACUUUUAGAUUUUUAUCAGCAAUUUCACUGGAUCAGUAUUCUCCCAGCUAACACAGAACAUUAUUAGAACUUUCAGUAAGCUUCCGGGAAGGUUUCUGCAAUGUUAUCAAAACAUUUAUGGCAAUAAUGUUCCUUGUUAAACAAAAAUAACAAUAUAGAUACAUCUGUAUUUACUAAAAUGCUGCAGGAACAUUGUAUGAACACUUUCUAAUAUAAAGUUUAAAAAAAAUAAUAAUAAUAGUAAAAUUAAAAAUUCUGAAAUCCCAGAAACCUUGACAGACUUGAAACAGAAUGUAUGUCAACUUCCAUAAAUGUAGGAACAGUACAGUAUGGAUAAAACUUGAUUAUUCCCAUCAUAUUAAAAUUGUGUUAUUUAUCUCUGUUAUAUCAAGAGUUCAUCACUGUUUGAAUAUUGCAAUAUAUUGCAAUAUAAAACAGAGAUAAACUCUUGAUGUUACAGAAAAAGUUUGGUUUUACAGUAGUUAAUAUUCAUUGCUUGGAUUAUGCGGAUGCUAUGAAUCAUCAAACCCCACACAAAAAUGUGCAUCUGGAACAUCCAAGGGUAGUCAGUUUGCUCAAAGCAUACAAGAAAAUAUUUAUGAAUGUAUUAGAGUGCUAAUUUGCAUAUAGCCACCUUCUUUGUGAUCAGUAUUUCCAAUGUCAACUAUUGUAAUAAUUUACAAAUGAUAUAUUGCACAGCCCGUUGUCUUAUAUUUGUAAUAUAGUAUGAUUAUGAGUUAAAGAAGUGUUUAGCUUUAUAUUCUCUGCUCACACUACAUGACUGGGGAGCCUUGAAUCCUAAACUUUAAAAAAGAAUGGUGCCCCCUAGUGAAUAAACCCAAAAUGAACCAGAAGAACAAUCAUUCAUACAAAUUGUUAUAAAUUAUAUAAAUGUAAAUCCCAUGUUAGGCUAUAAAAAAUGAGAAAUUCUAUGAUUUUAAAAAUGUUAGUGUCUAGAAAAAAGGGGGGUAGUGGCAGUCCAAUGUACAUUAUUUCCAUAUAAGAGCAUGGUUUGCCCUGUGUUAUUCCUUACUUAUGUUAUGUUAUGUUAUUCCUAAUGGCAGCAAAAACAGAAUACUAAAAUUCAGUGUUCAGUAAAUAAUGCAAUUUAUUAUUAAUAAUAAUAAACAAAUCUUCCACCACACAAUGUAGUCCGUUAACAGAAAGCUUUGGUGCUAAGAAAUAUAACAGCCAAAUAUUAGAGUAUUCCAUGGACAGAACAAUGAUUUAAGUGUAACUGGUUGAUUGGUUUAAAAUCUGGCACAUUAAUACAGAAUUAAUUAUAGGUGUUUGUAUAUCAAGACUUUUACCACAUCGUUGAACGUGAAUUAGCCGAUCGGAUUUUAAAACCGAAACGAUUCCAUGUUCCUUUUUUUUUUUUUUUUUUUUUUUUUACAAAUUGGUCAUCUUGUAUAUGGUUCCAUGUUUUACUUCCUUUACAUACAAUCUCUUUCUCAACAUGCAGACUCCUCAACAAUAUUUUGUAGAGUCAGCAUAAAUGAGGGGGUGACAGCAGCUGAUUCAGGAACUUACUGUUUUGAGUAAUACAUGAGUAAAGUCAUUGGACUGUGUGGGAAUGGAUGCAUAAUUGUUAGUAGUAUAGCGUAUAGCAUCCUCUAUUCAACAGUAAAAGCACUGUGUAUACCAAAAUCUACCUGUCAGUGAGCCACUGACCACUGAUUACUGAAUUCAAACUCUCUCUCUCUCUCUCUCUCUCUCUCUCUCUCUCUCUCACACACACACACACACACACACACACACACACACACACACACACACACACACACACACACACACACACACACACACACACACACACACAUAUACAUACAGAGGCUCUUUAAACUCUAUGUACAACACAAUCCUUAAGCAAUAAUUAUAAUUUAUUUUGAUUUAUAUACCUAUAUAUGUUAAUGGAAUCUGAAGAAUUUUUAAGAUGUGCUUCUUUAACAAGUGCAACAUUCUUUUUUACACACAAGGAAUGCAAACUGUAUGUAAAACCUGUAUAGAGCUGUAUAUACAGAAAUAUAUAAUAUAUAAAUACAUAACAUAUAAAAAUAUAUAACAUAUAUAUAUAUAACAUAUAGAAAUAUAUAACACAUCUAAGUCCAGGAACUUUUUAAAAAUGAAAUAUAUUUUAGUUUAUGGGGAAUUGACCAUUUGUACUAUAGGCUUAACAUGAUCACAUAAGAUUUUCUUUCUUUCUUUCUUUCUUUUUCCUUAGGUAUUGUUUGAUUGUAAAUGUAAUGGAAUGUAUGUUUGAUUGUAAAUGUAAUGGAAUGUAUAUGAUUAUCCUUGUGUUUUGUAGGUACCCUGGGUUAACUGUAAUUGCAACCUGUAAAUCAUGAUUUGUGCAAUAACAUAAUGGACAAAGUGUGUAUUGUUGGCACUGGAUUCAGUUUUAACUGUCAGAAUUCAGCUGUAUUGUUAAAACUGAUGGAGGAAGGUAUACAUAUGGUAAUAGAGGACCCGUGGUUACAUAUAGUAUACUUAUAACACACUAUAUUAUACAUUUUCUUAAAAUGAAGCAUUCAGAAAAUGGUAGUAUAAUGGUAGUAUGAGCUGAGAACAGGCAGUUAUUUAGUGCCAAAAUAAACACUAUUUCCUCAGACAUACCAUGCAAAAUACCCCGUUAUAACUUUUUAAGGAUGGAGUGAAUGUUUACACGUCUGGUUAAUCACUGGAAAAUGGAAUGUGCCGAUCAGAUUUAUAGAAAGACCAAUCUAUACUGUGAAUUGAAUAAAAUGUAUCAUGGGGCCUUUG